UUAUAAAUGUCUAUGUUACUUUACUGCCUUAAAUAUUACCCGCCCUUUAAACAGGAGUCAAUUCACAGCUUGCUUUAUUUACGUCUCGGCAACAUCAGUGUUAUGGCAGCGAUGGGAGGGGGGAUAUAUGUCUCCCUACCUCCUAUUUAUCACACCUGCAGUAAUUGCUAGUGUCCCCUGGCAGCUUUGAACAUAUUCCAGUAGCACUUUAAGCACAUAAUUCCACAUAAGAGCCCAAAACAAACCUCUGUAAUACAUUACAGCGGAGAUAUUUACUUAGGACUCCUGAAAGGGAAAGCUGUCAUUCCAGAUUUUCGGUUUUUGUCCAGAUAUUCCUGCAAAUAACUCGUAACACGCCCAAGUUUGUGAGGGAAAGUUAGUCCCUUGGUGCAAAUACAGUGUUGUGCAAGUGUGGUGAAGGUGUGAUAGUGUGAACAGGAGAUAGUGAAGACACUGGGAAGAGCGUGGAGAUUGAAGAUUGCCCACGACCUGCUUGCUGGUGUCCACUGAGCGUCCAGAGACUGACGCUCAUCUGGCAACGCUGUCUUGUACUUUGAAUCCCAUAACAAGUUGAAAGUAGUGGAAGCAAACCAGUGUGGAGGGAAAGACCACCACUACCACCACCACCACCACCACCACCACCACCACCACACAAUUAAUACAUUCCCAUAAACAUUCCAGACCACUACCACUAACACAUAAAACACCACCACUACCACCACCACCUACAAUCACCACCACCACCACUACAACAGGGCCCCACAUCACCACCACCACGAUACCACCACCAACCCCAACGGCCGCCCACUACCAGGACCCGCCCACGCCCCCACCGUAAUCUGGGCAUGGUGGAGAGGUGGAGGCGGCCCGUACCCACUUACUACCACCCGCCCACGCCCGCACCCACGCCCAUCCUCUAAUCUGGGCAUGAGGGUGACUGUGAGAGGAGUCCUGGUGGGCGGCAGUGUGGUGGUCCUUCUCACGACGGUCCUGCUGUGGUCCCAAUGCCGCCCACCCACCCCCGCCCUGCCCCCGCACCACCCACGCCACCAGCAGCAGCAGCAGCAGCAGCAGCAACAACCCCACCGCCUGCCCCUCCAAACCAGCCACCAGCAGGUGGGCGGGGCGGGUGAUGAGAGUUACCUGGAGGUGGAGUACGGCGACCCCCACAACCCACACCCCCAGCAGGAUGGCGAUGGCGGCGGGGUCGGAGAGGGGGAGUCGCCUCGUCUUACUGAGAUCCCGUGCGUCAUUAACCACGAGACGGAGGUGUCGUGUCGCCGGGACCAGAGCGAGGUGUACGUGCCUUUCUCCUUCAUCCAUACCUACUUCGAGGUAUACGGGCAGGUGGAGCAGAAGGAGGACGGGCGGGAGGUGUUUGAGUGGUCCCACAGCUACAGCAGAGUGUACGAGCCCUCAGGAGCGUACAGCCCCACUGGUACCUUUCUAAACUUCGAACUGUACAAUGUGGAGGCGCGAGAGAGGGUGAAGUGCAUCUCAGGAACGGAAGGGGUCCCCAUCUCAACACAGUGGCAGAGCUCCGGCUACACUUACCCCAUCCAGAUCGCCCAGUUUGGUCUCUCCCACUACUGCAAACACCUCACUGAAGAAGCUCCUCAGAGAGUGGUGGUGGAAGACGGCAACCAGCACAUGGGGGCCUGGCAGGUGGUAGGGGGCGCAGGCCGGGUCACACGAAUACUUGAUCCGACAUCACACUCCAAUGUCCUGAGAUUCAAGGCGCCAGAGUCUCCUUCAAAGGGCAGUGUGGUGCUGAGUCUGGCAGAUGUCACCUCUCAGAGCCUCCUGGUGCUGAGCCUACACUUCCUGGCGCAGGGCAACGCAAGCUUCUCUGUUACUGUGGAGUUCAGGGACAAGAAGACUGAGGUGGUGACGGUGCACUAUGUCCGCUCUGACCGACUCCUCCAGGUCAAGGACCGCCAGAUCUACUAUGGCCUUGGUGAGCGGCCUGGGUGGAGUCGCAUCACCAGGAACCUGCUCAUUGACGUGCACAAGGCAGCCUCCUCCACCCCAGCGCUGCGGAAGAAGUUCAAGAAGGUGUCAAGAUCUAAGCUGAGGCUGCUGUCGCUGUCCCUCAAUGGUUCCGGCAGCAUCGCCAAUGUCACCCUGGCCUCAGCUGAGCACCUCCACCACUUCUACGAUGCCGCUGACUGGCUCCUACGACACCAAGACCAACAGGGAGGCUGGUCCAUCCCGGUGCCUCGCAAGGUGAUCAGUGGAGUGCUGGAGCUUGGGGCAGGGUGGUAUUCUGCCAUGGCUCAGGGUCAGGCCAUGUCGCUGCUGGUGCGGGCCGCCCACCACUCUGGAGACCCCCGCUACCUCAAGGCUGCUGCUCGGGCCACCUCACUCUUCACCAUCAAUGCCACACAAGGUGGAGUGAGAGCUUACUUCCCAGGCAACACAGUCUGGUAUGAGGAGUACCCCACCAACCCUUCACUAUUUGUGCUCAAUGGCUUCAUCUACAGCCUGCUGGGACUGUAUGACCUGAAGGAGUUCUCGAAUGAUGAGAGUGACAACAGCAGGGAACUGUUUGACACCGGCAUGAGGUCCCUGAAGACACUGUUGCCCCUGUACGACACUGGCUGGGGCUCCCUGUAUGACCUGCGCCACUUCACAACGCAUGUGGCUCCCAACCGUGCGCGUUGGGACUACCACACCACACAUAUCACUCAGCUGCUGCUCCUGGCCUCCCUUGAUCCUGACCCCAUCCUGUCCACCACAGCCCUGCGAUGGAAGGAUUACAUGAAUGGCCACAAGGCAAAGCACAACUAACAAGAGGAGAGAGAGCAAUGAAGGCAUCAAAUAUUCAGGUGGUGGUUCUGGCUUGAGCACGUCCUCUGUGGGUGUGUUGCGCUGGAAGGUCCAUGAAGAACUGGUCCGUAUUUGCACUUCAGGAGCUUUGUCAUGUUAGGAGAAAGCCUCGCCAAGGUGAUGGAACCUUGCGUGAGAGCGACGUUUGUACACGAGAUUAGUAUCCAUAGGGUGUUCAUGAUGACAGGUGGGAAGGAAUGGGUGUGUUGUAUCACAGCUGUGAAUGUUAAAUGGUAGCUUAACGUUGAGGGUAGGUGAGAUUGCAUUCCAUUAGCUUUAACACUGGAAAUCUUUUGUACAUGUAUGUGUGUAUGUAUGAGUGUGCGUGUGUGUGAGUGUAUAUGUGUGUGUGUGUGUUGAGUGUGUGUGUACCAUGUCCCAGGUACAGUAUAUCUGAAACUUAUCUAUAUCUGAGUCUCUGUAAACUAACUGUUUCCAGGCGGACAUUUUCUGCCAUAUUUACCGAGGGUUCCUGACUCACAGAGAAAAUUUUUCUGUUACAAACACACACACUGUUGCAUAUCCUCUGUCUGGGUUUGAUGGACACAUUUCAGUCACAUCAGCAAUGGGAAAAUUCUGGCAAGGAUCCAAUCUCACUAAGUAUGGCAGAAGAUCCUGCUCACUGUUGCUUCCUAGUCUCUGAGAAGUGGAUACGGACUUUAUUAGAUUGGUGACUAAUGUGAGAGCAGCAGAGGAAUGGUAGUUUAGAAAGACAGGUGGUUAGUUGAGACUAGUAUAACUACUCUGCCUUGCUAUGUGAUAUUUCUGGUAUAUAUUGAACUGGGUCCACUUGUCAAUACAAAUGUGUACGGGCGGUGGUGAGCAGUGGGCAACCGCGGGAGGUGGUGACCCACUCCUCUGUGUUGUGUUCUGUGGGGAGGCUGUGGGUCUGUGGGUCUGUGGCUCAGUGGCUCUGCCUCCACCACAGUCCUCAAGUGAUCUUCCAUUUCUUGUGGCCACAGCUCAACCUGUGAGUGUGUAAUUAGUAUUUCUUCAAAACUUUUACCAGAGAUUGCUGAUAAAAAUUUCAGCUUUAUUUUUUUAUACCCAAGUGUGAGGUGCUGAAGGGCAGUUGCCUGUGUGGGUUGCCUGCUUUGCCAACUCAACUUCAUAGCACUAAUUCUUUUGGCUUCAUAUUUAUUCACAACGCUGCAUCCUCUUGUGCAAGAUAAUGUUACUAUAUACAAAGAAAUAUUUUAAGUGGCUUGUCACAUUUGAAGUUUAAUCUUUUGAAUCAGGAUUACAUUUCUAUCAAAAUUAUAUUUUUCCACAGACACCUCACAAUACCUCAUCAUGUAAACAAGCAACUAAUGGGGUGACAGACAUGAAAAAAACUAACAUCCACUUUAUUUGAACACCCCAACACCCUGCAUUUUAUAUACAAACUGAGAUGUGUUUGCCUUUCAAGCAAGUUCCCUGUUUCACAUGCAUAGCAGUUUAACAUUUCCCUGGGCUUCCACUAAUAAUGUGCUGCUGUGCUGUAGGUAGUUCCAGUCUGAAAGUCAGGUUAAACUACUACUACUGCCUCAGGGCGGUCCAUCAGGCUGCCCCACAUCUCCCUCUCGGCCACCAGCUCCUCGGCUCACCGCCAGGACAGUCACACGUCAGCUGCAGUUUUCUAGGUGAAGUUUGUUGCUUAGGAGGUGGAGCCUGAUGGACCGCCACCCGCAUGGUCAGAUGAUUGCCUCCCAAAAGUGACUCUGGAGCUGCUCUGGGUCUCUGGCUCAGACAUGUUUCUUCACCUCUGCUCAACAUUGUAGUGCUGCAGAGUCUCACCACAGGUUGUCUCUCUUUCAUAAACACUGUGUCAACUUUCUCUGAUGAUGCAUCACAUAUAAUUGACAACAAAGCUAAAAAGGAUGAAAAAUUGUCCUUGCUGAAAUAGAUUUAUACAAUACGUACUUAAGCAGCAACACUUUCCGACAGAUUUUUCGUUUACUUUAAUAUAGUUUAUUUUCUGUUAUAUGUAGUUGUAGUUGCUUUUCAUUUACUAGGGGGUGUAGGUAUAAAGUGUGUGUGUGUGUGUGUGUGUGUGUGUGGUGAUUCUUUCAUUAAUUUGUUAAUUUAUUUUCUACAUCAGUUUUCAAGUGUAUGAUUAUGUUGAUAGCUUAUAGUUGCCAAGUACUGACCAUGAAUGAGUGACAGUUAUUUCUCCUGACCUGAUGGAGGCCGGCUGUGCUGAUAACCUGCUGUGACUCACAAAGCAAUGGUGUGUCAGUUGGCAUGAUGAAAUCAGGGAAAACUAUCUUAAGUCCAUUGUGUUGUCUCAUUAGGUACUCCACAUACAAAAUCAAAGGGAAGUUGACAUACUUUAUGAUAUAUUGACAAUAUAUACACUUUUGAAUUUAUAUUUAUUAUACAUACUUCACAUGAAUUUAAUUUUAUAAAAGACACAGUAAUUGCAUAUGAGUUAUUUUGAUUAACUUGAUCAGAUAAUUUUUAGUUUUGAAAGUUUACAUUGGGUUCUGACUUCUGAGUGAGUCUUGGAAGCACACACCAAGACACUACCUGGCUUGGUGUCUGCUUGGAAGAUACUCUCUCGCCUGUGCUUCUGGGUCUGCACUUGAAGGAGAGAGAGAUUCAAUGACCCAAAUAUUCUAGACAUCACAUUUCAUCACUGUUUUUCAAGGUGAACUGUUAGUGCAUAGUACAUAUUUUGACUUCUGUCUCUGUAUCUUUAGUGGAUUCCAUUGUUUUAGUGAAUGUUGGGUUUUAGCUUAAAUUCUGUAUGUGUUAUGUUUUGGUUAUGAUAUUGUGAUGUGGUGAGAUCUGAGUACUGCUGUGAAUGAAUCAUACAAGUUGCAAAUACUUCAUCAAUUUGGUCUUCCAGUCUCACGUGUACAGCUGUAUAGGAUGCCCCCCGCCCCCAGGGUCCUCGGCAAAAGAUUGGAUCCCCUAACAAUGAGAGUAUCCUCCCUUAAGGUAUUGUACAUAUGCUUUUGUAGGGUUUCUAUAACCUCUGAAUUAAUCUUAAGACUAGUUGUCAUGGAUCUGAGUGGAAGUGAUCAAGGGGGGUUUGUGUGGAUGGGAAGCACCUCACCUCAUUGGUCUGCUUGUCUCACCACAGAAGUCACUCUCUGCUAGUUUAUCUUGCUUCACAUUUUCCCAAAGACCUUGAUUACUUCCCGGAGUGUUAAUAGCUGUUAUUAGUCAACUUACCUUGAAGAAAAUAUUGUACAUAGAUCCUAUAUUUGUAUCUUCCAUAUAGCUCAGAGGGAAGUGAGCAUUGUACUGGGCAACAGUCACCUCCCUAUUUUUCUCUUGUGUUCUCACAUCAAGAACCUCUGCAUCCUCUCUCCACUGCUCCAGGUUACUUGGAUGCCAUUUCUUCACUCAUGGGAACUAUGGUAGUGUUGUCCCACUGGUCACUGAGUCCAUGUGAUACACUCAUAGUGUUUGGUAUAGAAAACACAAAGUUUCAACAGCAGAAUGUUAAAUAAAACAUUCCACAGUUUUUGGUUGAUGUGCAAUAUAAAGGAAUUUUUAUGUUGGAGAUGUUUUUUGGAAAUCACCAUAAAAGCAUUCUUAAGAAGUACUCUGCCACACUGUAAGAAACUCAUUCUUGAUAAUAUAUACAGUAUGUAUUUUGUACAUCCAAGAUUACUAGCUGUUAGAUGCUUUUAUGUUCAUAUCAAAAGCUAACUGACCAUUUAGCCAUUCCAUUAUUUUUACAUGUAAUGAAUCAACUAAAUUUUUUUGCAGAAUUUUGUAUUUAAUCUACUUACUGUGGUUGAACACAGAAUUUUUAAAUAUCCUGCUAAUUGUAAGCCUUCUCAUCCCCAAUCCUCAUUUUGGGGGUACUGUGGUGAGGAGAAGGCAGCUUGGCCUCUGCCACAGCCUGGGCACCGGCUCACCACGCCAGUCACUGCUGGGCUGGUGAGAGUGCUGCCAUUACCAUCUAGUUUUUAUAUCAACUUGUUGCUUUUCCACAUGCUCAAUACUUGGCUUACAAACCUCUGUGGGCAUUUGCUAGUCAACCUGAGUGUUACCUGUGUAGGCCUCAACUCCCGUGUCCUGUGUUGUGGAGGUAGACAGGGUGGGUGUGCUCCCCCUUUUGGAAUCUAAAUCUGAAUAAGAGUUAGCAUCUCCCAUUGAUGGUUCAGACGACGAGGCUGGCAUUUGGUGCUGAGGAGCUGAGUGCUGUUCCUCCAGGCUCACCACCAAGGUUACACUCAACACAUCGCUGCUUUAUAAACUUUUGAGUGUUUGAAACUUCACUUGCUUCUACAAUUAUGGCCAUACUUGAGAUUAUCAGAUACUUUAGUUAAUGUAAGAGAUUCUGCAGAAUGCGUCUUGCUAGAAAGAAAGCUUCUGUUUUGUACAGCAGCUUUGUACAUUCCACACUGUCCUGCUAAGGGAGGUCCCUGCCCUGUGCUGGCCCUGGCCUGGCCUGGAGAGGACAGCCGGCCAGCCUGAGGGAAGCUUGUCCUACCCAUCAGCACCAUGGCAGUUCAUACUUCAGUUCUUGAAGGAAAUGGCACAUGAGACAAGAGUGUUAAAGGAUGCAGGUAGAAGAAUUGGUAUAUCUUUUUAACUUUUCUUUAUGCAUGAAAGUGAAUAUUACUUUGCCUGUCAUAAACAUGACAGCUUGCAUUUCCAACCUUUGAAAGGAAGUGAUGUAAUAGAAACUGAUGUGAUUAAGCUUGUACAGAGAAGGAUUUGUAUAUUUUCAUGAUUUAGUUUGAUACUGGAGUGUGAGUGCACAAGUGCGUGGGAUCUGGUGGAGGCGUUCUUUUAUAGUUUUGACGGCUGCGUUUGUGCUGCAUCACCCGAGCAUGACAUGCAUUUAAUAUCCAGCACAAGUAAUGAGAAGAAAUGAUAAUGGUAAUGGAAAAUUAUAUAUACACAUACACAAUGAACAAUUUCAACACAUUGCAUAUACAAAAUUAAGAACUGUGUCAGAAAGAUUCACACUUGACAAAUCUAUAAUGUGUUAAGUUGUAGCAAAUCUUUAUUUCUCAGUUAUGUAAUUUAGUAUUCAUACUGUGAUCUAGUAUUUCAUAUACUGUAUAUUCCUUUCACCAUCAUUGUGCAUCACUAACAUAAAUGGGAAGUAAAUUGCAAUAUGGUUUUAAAAUUUGUUCAUAUUGUAUUGGUUUGUUUAUUAUGAAUCAUUUUAAUGCCAGGAAAGGAGUGGAAGAAACUUCUCUAACCAUUUCAUGACAAAUGUGGUGGUAAGAAUUGUACAAACCACAUACAGUAUUGAGUUUCAUUGUUAUAGCUGUUGUAUGUAUUAUGUUUACUUUGCUACUUUUAAAGUCAUCAAUGCCUGUGUUCUGAGACUAACAGAGAAUUGGUCACCUGUGCUGAGGUGAACAAGGCUAACACAUUCAAAAUUAUGAUAAUGUGCUUCUAUGUUCUCUUCAUACGUACACUGACUGUGAUUUCAUUGUUCCAGAUUGAAUUAACACUAUUGAAGGUAAUGUUUUUGUUAGAACCUGAUUAUUGCCCAGCCAAGGUCAAUAUUAGUGCAGAGUAAAAGAAAUUUUUCACUUCCAGAAAUAACUUCCAUUGCCUGUGUGUUUACUUGGUUGUCUUUGCAUUAUCUGUAAUUUGUGUAUACAUUUGGUAUAUCCCAAUGAUGACAAACUGCGGGGUGGUGCAGAAGAAGGCAUACGUUUUUGUGCAUUAACUGUAAGACAACCAAAUUUAACAAAUGAAUAUGAGUAGUUUAACACAAGGUCUUAUUGGAUGUCAUAUAAAUUGCUCUUCAGCUGUAGUGUAUGCCAACUUAUGUCCACUUUGUGUGCAGUGUGCAAUACUUAACACACUAACACAUUCCCAGUGCUGCAAACAAACAUUUAGGAAGAGAAGCAAGAGGCGGGAGUCUCAGAGUGGAAACUUCUGUUGCUGCUCAAGGUGAUAGCAAGGCAACUUUCAUCCUCUCGUGACUUCACACCAAUUUUGUUCUUGGAAAUGUACAGUUAUUAUUUAGUACUCUAAAUUUGUCUGUGUGUGUUUGUAUUUUUGUAGAGGUUCAGGCAAAAUAACUUAGUGUACAAUGUUUAAUGAUGAUCACAUUGUAGUGCAAAAUGGGUUAUGUUAUGUUGGCAGAGUGUUGUGUCUCUACCUGUGAGAUGGUUUGUUCUUUGGCUCAAAAUAAGAUGGCCUUACAGAAUGGUGAAAUCUGUAAACUGUGAGGAAACAAAAACUAAUGUAAUCAUAGAUAACACAAUUUAUAUGCUGCUAAUCUUUUGACUGCUACUGAGAGGAUGCCACUUGUCAUUUCCUUUGAAUAAGCAUACUUUAUUACACUUUGCAGAGAUAAAGCCACAGGAACUAAAAAGAUCGUGAUAAUUUAUCUUGCUGCCAAUGGUGUCUUGAAAUUAAACUUUAAACUUAUAUCAGACUACUACAUGUUUUAUGAAGUAAGAGGAGAACUCAUAGCAGUGAAAGGGUUGAUGAACAUCAGAGUGACAUUGACAGUGUGCUCCCAGCAUCACUGCAUUCAUUUCCUUCAUACAUAUCAUGGUGACAAACUCAUACAAGAAAUAUUGUACAGUAGAUUUUACUAAGAGGAUGGAACACAGGUCAGUGAGUAACAAUUAAUACCUACUGAUGAAGACUGAUGACUGCACAUUUUUGCUCAUGCAUCAUUCUGUCCUUUAUGUUUCAUUGGUACUCCGACCACACAUAGAUUUCACUUCAUUAAUACGUACAUGCAUUCCUCACUCCACAUCCAGAGUUCAGAUAUAAUGAUCACAAUCCUCCUCACCUUUUUUAUUUUGUUCAUACAUUCCCAUUCCAGUCAUGAGAGAGACUUUUCCAGUAAAUCAUUUUACAACAAAGUUUUCCAGUAUACAUAAUGAUUAGGUCAAAGUUAUGAUAGGCAUAUGAAAGUAAUUAUUAUGUCUUGGUUUACAGAUGAUGAUUUCCAUGUAUACUGUUAUGUUGAGUAUUGCAUAGAGGGUGUUGGCAUGUCAUGGGUGUCCCAGGGAGGAGAGGAUGGGCGGCUGCACCAGCACAGUGCCUGCAGUGGUGAGGUGGGGCAGGGAGGGAGGAGGUGAUGCAUGCACAAUUUAGAGGAACUUUAUCAUUGGUGCUUCAUGCUAGAGGUUACUUUGAGAGCAGAAUUUCUUGUGGGCAUCUAACUUUUGGUUCAGGGUUCUUUUUUAUUGAACUUAAAAAGAGAUAAAUUCUUAAAAGAUGUCUUUUAUGAAACACUGGAUGUAUUAAUUGUUUAAUAUCUGAUGUAUCAGCAGAUUUUUUAAGGAGAAAUAUCUUUGAAAACACUAGUCAUGUAAAAUCAGGGUCAGUAUUCCUUUCGUAAUGUUUUGUAAAGGUGUUCUACAGGCAUGUUUUCUUAGAAUAUAAUUUAUGAAGCAUUGGUGAGUUCCUCUGCUACCCUGCCCCCUUGCCGGUAUCACCACCACUCAGCCCAAGACUCCCUCGGCCAGAACUGUCCUGCCCGCCAGGCAAUCUUUGCUCUGAGCCGUCUUGAACUCAAUCAAACACUAGCAUGCUGUCUGUGUAACCAUUUCGGCCAUGUCUUUUUAUAUGAUACAUUGUGGCUUGUGCCAAUUAAGUCAUGAUCACUCUACUGACAUAGAAGUGGAAUUUCAGUUCUUCAUAUGAUGAAAUACAAGUCAUGUCAUACUA